UUGAUCAAUCCAGUGAAUUAAUCCCGGGUUUAGCUACGGUUUCCGGGUCAAAAAUCGCAUUGGGGACUUGGGAAUUAUACCCGCUUGGCUUCCCAAGUUCACAUCAUCCUCCUCUCUGGUUUUGUUUUUGAGAAGAUCGUCCUCUGAGUUAUACCCCUACACAAGGAGUAGGUUCGGCGGGGCCUAGUUCCCGGAGGAGAGGAAAGCACAUAUUUAUAUACAUAAGGGGAUUCUUUCUUCUUCAUCCAUGGUGAAGGAAACGGAAUACUACGAUGUUCUAGGCGUCAUCCCUACAGCCACCGAAGCACAGAUUAAAAAGGCUUAUUACAUUAAGGCGCGACAGGUUCAUCCAGAUAAAAAUCCAAAUGAUCCUCAAGCAGCUCAAAAUUUUCAGGUUUUAGGAGAGGCAUACCAAGUACUGAGUGAUCCAGCUCAACGACAAGCUUAUGAUUCUUAUGGGAAAUCUGGAAUUUCAAAGGAGGCAAUAAUCGAUCCUGCAGCAAUCUUUGCUAUGCUUUUUGGUAGUGAACUUUUUGAGGAGUACAUUGGACAGCUUGCCAUGGCAUCAAUGGCCUCACUAGAUAUUUUUACUGAAGGCGAGGAUUUUGACGUAAAAAAGCUGCAAGAAAAGAUGAGGGUUGUUCAAAGAGAAAGAGAAGAAAAACUAGCUGAAAUUCUAAAAGAUCGACUAAAUCUGUAUGUACAAGGAAGUAAGGAAGAAUUUAGGGAUCACGCUAAAGCUGAAGUAUCCCGACUGUUCAAUGCAGCUUAUGGGGUUGAUAUGCUAAAUACCAUUGGCUACAUAUACACGAGGCAGGCAGCAAAAGAACUUGGAAAAAAAGCUAAACUUUUGGGGGUACCAUUCAUUGCUGAGUGGUUCAGAAACAAAGGCCAUUUUAUAAAGUCACAGGUCACCGCAGCAACAGGUGCUAUUGCUUUGGUUCAGCUUCAAGAGGACAUGAAACGUCAUCUUAGUGCAGAGGGAACCUACACUGAGGAUGAAAUGGAGGAGUAUUUGCAGUCUCACAAGAGAGUAAUGAUUGACUCUCUGUGGAAGCUUAAUGUUGCUGAUAUAGAAACAACUCUCUCCCGUGUUUGUCAGAUGGUUUUACUGGAUACCAAUGUAAAGAAAGAAGAACUUCGUGCACGAGCAAAGGGACUGAAGACAUUGGGGAAAGUUUUCCAGAGUGUAAAGUUUGUCAAUGACAAAGGCAUUGAGGAUUCUGUAAAUACUCCAGUCCAGAAGUUGGAUGGUAGUGAAACACAUUAUGGUUCUCACUCUUUGAAAGACUCCUCUCAAUCUCAGAGUGCAGAUAAGGCUCCUUAUGUAACAUUUGCAGUGCAGAGCCCUUACAUUGAAACACCACAAUUUGCCAAUGGAGAAUUCUGCAGCUGUGACUUCCCCUUGCCAACUGCGCCGCCUGGUGCAGAGAGACAUGCCUAGACGUGCAGUUUGAUCAGUUUGAGCGGUCAGAUUAUUUUCGAGUGGAGGUUAUAUGUUAAUUUGAAUGUCGUCUGUGAGUGUAAAAUGCUGGUAAUUUACUGUGGUGUAUAUAUUUGUGUGCAGUACUUGUAUUUGUUUCAACUCCGAAAGAAAUGUGUGUAGCAACAGUCUAAAAUAAAUACCCGCUUUUGGUUACGGAGUAGUUUUUAACUUUCUCCAAUGAGCUUGAGGCCAAAACUUUAAAAAAAGAGUUUUGGGUUU